AGGCCAAAGCUAAGAAGAUGGAGGAUGAGAUGUCUAGAUUACAGGAGAGCUUAGAGGAGAGAAAUGGCAGCUUCAAGCAUCAGCAUCUACUGCUGGGAAGUGUAUCAAUUUACACACCAUAUCCUUCAUCGUUAUGUCAAGAUCAGGACAUAAGCCUAGGUGAUUUUGGUCUUGCUAAGAUGUUGACUUCCAAUGAUCUUGCUUCCUCUGUGGUGGGAACUCCUAGUUAUAUGUGUCCUGAACUUCUCACUGAUAUACCUUAUAGUUCAAAGUCAGAUAUCUGGUCUUUAGGAUGCUGCAUAUAUGAAAUGGCUGCCCACAAGGCUGCUUUUAACCCUUUUCUUGUUAAGAUUCAUUCUCCAAUGCGAUCUGAUCCAAACCGUGUUGUAAAGUGGGUACCUGACCGUAGCACUAUUACUGCUGCCAGGAUUGCAUCAGAAAAGUUAUUAAGGUCAAAAGGAUAAUUUUGCGGAGGGAAAGAUCUGAUUCUAGAUGUAAGGAAUUUAACAAGGCCAAAAUUGAAAUCUUGCUGAAAAGUUUUUAUUUUUUUAUUUUUUGUAAGAGCGUUUAAAUAUCCGAGUGUGUUGAUUGGUGAAUUUCAAAUUUUUUUGUUUUUUGUGAUUUUUUUAAAGAUUGGGUGAAUCUUGUAACUUAAAUAUGCUUUUAUGAACAUGUAUAGGUUAAUUGUUCUUUGAUAUUGAAUUUGAUGGUUUUAUCCACUUUUAUUUUUAUUUUUUGUUAGGAUGUGUUUUGUGAAUGGAAUGUAAAUAACCAGCUCAGAGCAUAUUUUAUAUUAAUUAAAUUAUGAAAUAAAGUAAAAAGGUGGCGUUUUUGUUCAAAACGUCACUAUAUCCUGUGACGUCAUCAAUUAUAUUUGGCAGAAUUAUUUAAGCAGAUUUAAUUAUAUACCGGCGUUUAUGAAACGCCACUAUAAAUAUCAGCGACGUUUAUUAAACGCCUCAUACCUAUAGCGACGGCCGUAUCUUCGACGUAAUGUAAAAACGCCGGUAUAG